AAAAAUAAAGAAAAAUUCUGAAAAUUAAAAACGAAACGCUAACAGAGCACGCGGUUAGAGAUGCUCUGAGUAAAAUACUGGAUGCACGGAGAUGCGCCCGAGAGCUUAUUAGUUCGCGGCCUCCAAAAUCGAAACAUCUCCCUAAUCUCGGGAUCUUCGUAUGAUCGAGUCGCUCUCCGUAGUUAGUUGACAGAGUUUCUGGAUUACCAUGGCUGGAAGAGAUAGAAUCAGUAACCUCCCUCCAGAUAUACUUGACAAGAUUGUGGGGUACUUACCCGUUGUUGAAGCUGCUAGACUCGCUGUUUUGUCUUCUAUAUUCAGAGAUACUUGGUUCAAUCUUAAACAACUUAAAUUUGAUUAUGACUUCGAUGCUCACAUUCAGAUGAAGUAUCCUGAAGAAAAUCCUGAGUUUACCUGGGAUACUGGGGGUUUUAAUAUAGCCAACAAAGUUCUCAUACAGCAUAGAGGACCAAUUCACAAUUUUCUUUUGCAUUUUUUGGGUGUACAUUCUAAAGUGCCUAUUGCUGUGUUAUUUUCUUUCUUAGAUCAGUGGUUUCUUAUUCUUACACAAAAAGGUGUUGAAGAAAUGGAAUUUCAAAUUUAUUCAGCCCAUAUGUUCAAGCUGCCAAAUUGCACAUAUACUUGCUCAACGCUCAAGAUAUUGCGUCUAAGUGGAGUCAUCGUAAAACCAAUAAAUACCCGUUUUAUAUUUCCAAAUGUCACUUCACUUGUUUUUGAGUGUGUUUACUUUUAUGAUGAAAACCUUUCUGAUUGUGGUGUGAACGUCCCAAUGCUUGAAAAUCUCUCAUUUGAGAAGUGUACGAACAUGUCUUGUUUUAACAUUACUGCUCCUAGACUUCAAAGUUUAUCAGUUACAGAUGGUCGGAAUAACAAAUUGGGUAGUUUUCUCCCAGUCAACUUGGACUUUAAAUCUAUAUCUACUUUGAGCCUCAAUGAUAAUUGUCUCAAGAUUUUGUUAUACAAGUUACUGGAAGGGGAGAACAAGUACAACCGGCCACACUAAACGUGGAGCACAUGAAUUUAUCAGGUUUCAGACCGUCUUCUUCUUCUUCUUUUGCUUGUUUACUGCAGAUAUACUUUCAGGUAAUUAUUGUUUUUCUCAAUAAACUAUUCAGUGAAGUUGUAGUUUUUUUUUGUUGCUCUGCUUUUCUUUAUGCUAGUUUGUUCAGUUAAUGAUGAACACUAAAUGCUUUUUAUUUUCCCACUUUUUUAUCGUCAGCCACAUGGCCACCCACCCCUUUGUCUUCCUGAAUUGAAACUCUUGGAGGAGCUUGAUGCUGUGGCUCAAACAUGCAAAUUGUUGCAUGUGUUGAAGUUCUGUUUUAAUGGAUUGGGACCUGAAAUGCAUUUCAUCAAGACACUACUUGCCUCCUUUCCGACACUUGAGAAGGUUUUCAUCGUUCGUUACAAACAGUACGGCAAUAAGUUUACCAUGAAAGAAGAGUUCAAAAUCAUGAGUGAGCUUUUGCGUUUUCCUCGUGCAUCUAAGAAAGCAGAAAUUGUUUAUACAUCUUGUAAUAAUCACAUGUGUGUUGAAUGUAAUUAGUAAUUAGUACUCGGACUUUUUGGUUUUCAAACCAACUGAAGGCAGUUAUUAAAUGUAACCAUCUUAUGGAGGUGUAUUUCUCAAGUGACUUAGCAGAUAUGACCUGUUAAUCAAUUUGGGUUUGAUUAUUUCCUACUUCUGAUUGCA